CUGACUUCAGCAGGUUCAUCAAACAGUUCAGUCCAUCGUUUGUUUCUAAGUUCGGAGACAUCAUGGGAUCAUCAUCGUCGUCUUAUACUGGAGGGGAUCAGGACGACAGGGAGCCAGAGCUCGGGGACUUGAUUGAGAUCUUCCGUGACAACUAUGAGCACUGGGCUGUAUACGUUGGUGCUGGCUUUGUUGUUCACUUUGUAAAUCACUCUGGAGUCUCCAGCGGCACUUCUGUCCACACUGCAAACGGCACUGUGCGGAAGGAGAAGAUCUGGGAUGUGGUGGGAAAAGACGACUGGAAAAUCAACAACAGCAUGGACAGCCAGUAUGAGCCACGCCCAGCUAAUGCUAUUGUGAAGGAUGCUAAAGCAAUGGUGGGCAAAGAGCUGCGAUACAACCUUGUCUCAUUUAACUGUGAGCACUUUGUCAAAGAGCUGCGGUACGGUGUGGCCGAAUCACUGCAGGUGGAGAAAGCAGCACUCGGAGUCGUGGGUGGUGCAGGCGUGAUCGCUCUGGCUGUACGUGGCUCUGUGGCAUCUAGAAAUGGACUUAGCUCAUUUUGACUUCACCUACUGAUCCUGAUUCCUGCUGUUCAUUCAUUUUAAACAAAUCCUUUUGAACAGUCUGGAGCUGCUGUUUUACUCAAACACACACACAUAGCUGUCAGCUGUUCCUGUUAGCACGGCGCUCUUCUGGACAGAGAUCUCCGAUGUUG